ACCGCCACAACCUCCUCCACCUCCACCACCAUCGACACCACCUCCAUCAAUACCGUUCACCUGUCCAACAGGUAGCCUUAACACUACAACCUAUACCUGCCAAUCACUAUCCUCCCAAACCACCAUUGAACUCCCUCCAUCCUCUUCUUGUCCCGACUACUUCCGUUUUAUCCACGAAGACCUUCGUCCAUGGAAAACAACCGGCAUCACAAAGGAAAUGGUGGAGAGAGCUCGAUUAACUGCCAACUUUCGCUUAAUAGUCCUCAACGGCAAAGCCUAUAUCGAGACAUAUGAAAAGUCUUUUCAGACUCGGGAUACUUUCACUUUAUGGGGCAUUGUUCAGCUGCUGAGACGUUAUCCUGGUCAAGUUCCGGAUCUUGACUUAAUGUUUGACUGUGUUGAUUGGCCGGUGGUUAUGGCGGUUAAUUAUAAGGGGAAGAAUAAGCCUGCUCCGCCUCCUUUGUUUAGAUACUGUGGAGAUGAUUCGACGCAUGAUAUCGUGUUUCCCGACUGGUCUUUCUGGGGUUGGCCAGAGGUCAACAUAAAGCCAUGGGAGGCACUUUCAGGAGAGCUAAAGGAAGGGAAUAAGAGGAUUAAAUGGGUAGACAGGGAACCCUAUGCUUACUGGAAAGGAAACCCAUCAGUAGCUCAUACUCGUAUGGAUCUUAUGAAGUGCAACAUCUCUGAAGGCCAAGAGUGGAAUGCUCGAAUUUUUGCUCAGGAUUGGUUCAGCGAGGGAAAGAAAGGGUUCAAGGAAUCAAACCUGGCCAGCCAAUGCAAUUAUAGGUACAAGAUAUAUAUUGAGGGAUCAGCAUGGUCAGUGAGCGAGAAAUACAUUCUGGCAUGUGAUUCGCUUUCACUUAUUGUGAAACCACGUUACUAUGAUUUUUUCACUAGAGGGUUGAUUCCAGUGCACCAUUACUGGCCGAUAAGGGAGGAUGAUAAAUGCAGGUCCAUCAAGUUUGCAGUUGAGUGGGGCAAUUCACACAAACGAAAGGCACAGGAGAUAGGAAAAGAAGCAAGCAACUUCAUCCAAAAUGACCUAGACAUGGAUCACGUAUACGACUACAUGUUUCACUUGUUAACCGAGUACUCCAAGCUCCUAAAAUACAAGCCUACUAAGCCUCAAAAUGCUACUGAGCUCUGCGCUGAGUCAAUAGCUUGUAGAUCUGAAGGGCUCGAGAGGAAGUUCAUGAUGGAAUCAAUGGUGAAAGCGCAGCACAAUUCAGCACCAUGCUCUUUGCCUCCUCCUUAUACUCCCGUAGGGCUAAGUACUUUAAAGAGGAGGAAGGAUAACUCUAUAAAGCAAGUACAGACGUGGGAGCAAAGGGCUUGGGAUAGCAAGGGAAACUAGCUUGGGACAGCAAGGGAAACUUGUUAUUUGUCAUUUUAUUUUGGUUUUACUUUUAAAUCUAUAGAUAGAUACAUGUAUUUUAAAGGUUAUAGGUAAAGCCCACUUGGGCUAACGUAAUAUGUGAAGAAAAAAAGAACAAUGGGUGUUAUGCAAUACAAGUGAAGUUUGAAGAA